UUGCUGCCAGCAGCAUUUGGCAGAUGCUGCAGUUCCAGCUUGUUGUGGUGCAUUUGGCCCUCGUGAUUACCCUGCUGCAGUGGCACUCUAGCUCAGUGCUCCUUGCAGAGGCAGCUCCGGAGCCUUUGGAGCCUUCUGCUGCUCUGGGCAUGGGAGCACAUCCCAUUGCCAGUGAAGAGAAGUCACCUACCAACCUGGCAGCCAAACUGUUCCUUCUUGAUGAGCUAGUGUCUUUGGAGAACGAGGUGACUGAGACCAAGAAGAAAAGAAGUUUCCCAGGAUUUGGCUCCCCAAUUGACAGAAUUUCUUCAACCUCUGUGGAUGCUAAAGGCAAACAGAGGAAAGUGGUUGAGCUGCCUAAGAGAAGGUUUGGAGUUCCUCUUGACCGGAUUGGAGUGAGCCGUCUUGGCAACACCAAGGGUGCUUCUGUUCUGAAUGAUUGAUGCUGUAUUGGAAAUAUUACAGAAAUACGGAAGAUGCAUCACAGCAUGUUUUGUCAUUGACUAAUGAUACAACACUCAAGGAAUUGACCUCCUGCAAAAUCUGUUUCACAUUGCAUUUUACAAAUGUUGCAUUUACAAAUAAUAACAAAUUCGAUUCAUCAGGUCAGAAUGCUCUCACAGUUGUGCACGGUGUCACUGAUAGGAGGGAACAGAAAAUAUGUAUAUAGUUUAAUUGCAUGGCAUUUAUUUCUUAAACUUGCAGAAGUUCAUUAUCCUAGCAAGGACUGUUAGAUUUUUUUUGAUUGAAAAUAAACUUCCAGAGAUGCCAA